AUGAUUCAGAAAUUAAAUGCAAAGAUGAUUAUGGAAAAAUCGAAACUGGAAAUAGCAUUAUCAGCCAAAGAAAGAAUUACCUCUCUUGCCGACAAUCUAGCUGGUUCACUUGAGAAAUUAAAGAAAAACAAAGAAGUUGCAAAGCAAGAAGAGUGUCUUCUGAAAGCAGAGAAGACGGUUACAAAGAUGGAAACACAAAAGACCAAACACGAAAUAGACGAAAAGGAAAGAGAACUGAAUUCAAAUCUGGAUGAGCUUGAGAAAGCAAAACAAGCCGAGGCGUUAGUACUUGAGAAGCUCGAAUUCCUCAUAGAAGACAAAAUGGAGAGGCGCGAAACAGAGUCCAAAAAUUGUCCAACCAUCACUAUCUCGAGGUUUGAGUAUGAAUAUUUGAGUAGGCAUGCUUCUCUAGCAGAAGAAACUGCAGAGAAGAAAGUUGCAGCUGCAGAGGCGUGGGUUGAAGCACUCAGGGCUAGCACUAAAGCGGUUUUGAUGAAGACGGAAACUUUGUUGAGAGAGAGUGGAAUGAUGAGAAUGGAAGAAGAGAGAGAAGUGUCUAGGACAGAAAGGUCGUUUUCGACGAAGAGACUGACCGGGGACGAGACCCAUAGGUUUAAGCGGAUACUGGAAGUGGAAGCUGAAAGCUAUCUUUCUCCUAAACCAGUUAGGAAAUCAACACCGGUGCAACGAGGGAAGUCAAGAAGAUACUCAUCUGCAGGGACUCCGACUUUCUUUGUAAUUAAGAAGAAGAAAGUUCUGAAAUUAGUCAAGCUUUUUAGUCGGAAAAGGUAA